GGGCUGGUGAGCAUAAUUAUGAGUUUGUUGAUAACGCCAUCUUCGACGGCUUGAAUCAAGUGUGUAGGGCAGAUUGGCAAGCAGUGCUCUCUUUUUGUAGGUAGCGUAUAGCGCGCGCUAGCUAGCUCGCUUACGUCAUCACGCAGCUGUAGUAUUAGGACAAGACUUGUACUAGACCGACCGAGAUACUACCAGCCGGGUCAUUAUAUCAGUCUAGGCUAGGCCUACUAGAUCUAUAUCUGUUCUCUUGCGGAGUGAAAGGACCGAUAAAGAUCACAUUCACCUGUCUAUGGAAUACAUCAUCAAGGCAAUCAUCAGGGGGUUAGUCUUUCCGAUCUUGAGAACAUUUAGGUGGUUAUUUGGGAGCCAGAUGUCGGGCAUGCAACCAUCGGGGCCUGGCAGUCUCCAGGCUUCCACCAGGGAGCAGCUGCUCCAUCAAUGCCAGGAAGCGCCCGUCAGGAAGGUCCCUCUCCUACACAGGCAGUUCAAGCAAUUGCCCUUGGCGACGACGCGGCUGGGGAACGAUGAGCCGGAUUCUGUCGGUUGUCAGAGUAACGGAAGCGCAGCUGAUACCAAGCCUGAUGCAUUGCCGGCCAGGGAUGCUAGGGUGAGAGUGAUGGCAUGGAACAUACUGGCUGAUGCUCUGAGUAUGGGAGCAGAUAACUUCAUUAAGUGCCCCAAAGAAUCGUUACUGUGGGACAACAGGAAGUAUGCCAUCAUAGAAGAGAUUCUGACCUAUGACCCGGAUGUGGUUUGCCUACAGGAAGUGGAUCACUACGAGGACUUCUUUCUUCCCGUCCUUCAGCAAGUAGGAUACUCAGGGGCCUUUAACCCCAAACCAGACUCACCUUGCUUAGACUGUUUGGACAACAAUGGUCCAGACGGAUGUGUUGUCUUUUUCAAGACGGACUGUUUCAAGCUUGUGAAAAGUGAGCUUCCAAAUCUGGAAGUGGACUACAAUGGUAAGAAGUUUGUGUCCAAUCAGGUAGCGGUGAUGCACCAUUUGAAAUGCAUAUCGGAGAAGCUUCUGGAUGAGGAGUUCUGCAUAGCAACCACUCACCUGAAGGCCAAGCAUGGUUACGAGACGAUGCGGGCCAAGCAGGGGCAGCAUCUCAUCGAGGUCCUCAAGAAGUGCUCCAAGAAUCUACCUCUCAUCGUCGGCGGUGACUUCAAUGCAGAACCCACUGAAGAUGUCUAUAGCGUGUAUGAGACCAGCGAUCUCAACCUAGCCAGCGCCUACAAGAAACUAAGUGAGGAUGGAAUGCAGGAGCCGCCAUAUACAACGUGGAAGAUCCGUCCAAGAAGAGAAGAAUGCCACACUAUAGACUACAUGUGGUACACGCAAGAGCACCUAGAGCCGGUGGCCCUCUUGAGGUUUCCUGGAGAGAAGGAAAUUGGUUCUGAGAGAUUGCCGUCCUGGAGUUAUCCAUCCGAUCAUCUGUCGUUGGUGUGUGACUUUGUUUUCAAGGGGACUUGAGUAUGUCUGUGUGCAAUGAUGUAACCAAAACCCAUCCAUGCCACCAAAGUUUAAAUUACCUGUGCUUUUUUUUGUUGUUAAUGUUUGCUGUAGAAAGCACCCAAAAUCAUUCCUCACCAUCGUGCCAAUCACAGAUAUAUUAAUAAAAAUGUCAUUUAUCAAAGAUGUUUUAUUGGAUGAGAGAUUCCAACUGCACUGCCUUGAAUAAUAAUUGCAAUGGCUGCUUAAUAGUUGCAUAGUAAUGACUAAGUGCUUCAGAUAUUUAUAUAAUGUAUAUAUAUAUAUAUAUAUGCAACAAUAUUUAUACAACCAUUCUUCUUGUGAAGUGAAGCCAGCUGCUAUCUUUAUAGUAAACAUGAGUUGUAGAGCACAUUUUGUGCAUUCAUUCAUAUGUCAUUAUUUAUGAUGGAAAUAUAGUUUUUGCAUUUUCCUUUUGUAUACUUAUGCCAAACAAUAUUGGCUUAGUAAAUGGAAUGUAUAAAAGCAGUGCAUUUCCCUUGUAAAAUUCAACAAAUAUUAAUGAUACCGUUUUAAAUUUUACCUGACAGCUAAGAAAGCAACUUUCAAUUGUACGUACAUUUAGUAGAUUACUGGUAGUAAACAGCGUACAAAAGGCAUAAAGUCGAUGAGACUUAACAGCUAUUGCAAGACCACUGUACAGUAACCUAUAACAGAAUUAGUUCCCUAGAUGUUACUCUACUUAAGGUAGUGUUUGUGUGUACUGUACACUGUACACAUUGUAAUUGCAAUAUGUCACUACUUGAUUCAAGCAUUGUUUUGUUGGUGCUUUUUGGGGACUUGGGAAAGAGAUUUGUUUAAGCUCUGUGGUUAAAUGGUUUGAUUGUUUCAGAAAUACAUUUUUUGUGUGGCGUUGACCUGUUUUAUAUUUGUUUAUUUUGAAAGCAGGAAAGAAAGAUACAUAACUGUAGCUUAUUGAAUGCUAAAACAAAGAAAUUCUUUGGAAAUGCAUGGUAAAUAUUCCACAAUGAUUCCCCAACAUUCGUAAUGAGUUAUUCUGUGUUGUGUGAAAUACAGGGCGUACUAUUAAUAAACAGUUUACCCAACUUUGGUAGCUCCUAAUUGAAAAGUUGUAACCAAUAUGACUGUGGACUUGCUUUCAUGAUGAAAAAUAACUUAUUUUUUGUCCAAUGAUACCCUAUUUAUGCCACGGUUCAAUGAGCUCCAGGGUCUUUAAAAGACUAAAAGUGUUGUCAAAAUCACCUUGUUCCAAGUUUGGGCUUAAGGAACCAAUGUGGGUCAGGCCAUACAUGCAUGUGCUUCUUUGUUUUUAUAUCUUUUUAAAAGGUUGUAUUGUGCCUCAUGCUUCAGUGCUUCAUUGUUUAAAAUGAUGCAACGAUACUAGGCUGUCAUUGAACCUUAUUUCAAUCCAUAGGAUAAUCUUUAAUAAACAGCCUACUAACUUCUUGCUUCAUGAUAUCUAAGUUCUCUCUGCUCACUUGUCCACUGCACCAUUUCACACGCGUAAGGAGCAUAAGGUGUUUAUCUUGAAUAGCGAGGUUACUAAACCCAAAUGCAAGAAAGAACAUUUAUUAUGAUAAACAUCAAAUAAAUUGACAGCAAAAACGAUAACAUCCCAGAUAAAUUGUAUUCAUUUUGUAUCACUCAAUGAGAAGGUUACAUUGAACAAGGGACGUGAAAUUGCGAAUAAAGGCAAGAUUGUAAUCAUCAUGACGAAGAGGAUGUCAUAAAUUUUGCUUGUAAUAAGAAUUUCUUUGAGUUUGAAUUGAUGUUAGCACUUUUUUUUCAGCUGCCUAAUAGUCAUUGUAAAUAAAGGAGCAAUUCUUUAAAAAUGAGAUAACACACACAUACCGGUAAUGGCUUUUGACCCACAUUCAUUGCUUCAGCCCAAACUUGGUACAAGAGGAUUUUGACAAUAAUUUUUGAAAAUCCUGCUGUUCAGUCAUCCUUGGCAGCACAAUUUUGAAAAUGGUAUCAUUAGACAGGGCAUUAGUUCUUCUUUACAGUAACAUGAUUCAUGAUUUUUUUUAAAAUCGCACUGUGUAACAUGGUUCUUAUUCAAUUUGGGUGCGGAUGUAAAUAAUGUUUGUGAUACAAUUCUGUAUUCUUUAGUAUGUACAUGAAUGUUUAUUGUUUUUAGAGGAAGCUCAUACAUGUCAGUAAGUGGAAAUUCAUCUUUUUGCUUCACUUUUCCUCAUCAUUAAUGACCGUCUUUCUUGAUUGAUUCUUAAAGAAUUUCUUCUUUGAUUUUAAAUUGUAUAUGGGAACCAAAUAUUUGAUUUAUUUGUGUGAUACAUAUAUGUGCAUGGACUCAUAGAGCAUGGAAAGAUGAUGUGGGUGUUUAUCCUGUCCAAUCGUCAUUUCCUAAAUUAAUUUUUCAGACUAUCUUCGUGAUAGUUUAUUUCAAAUUGAAAAUGUAAACUAAGAGGUUUAUCGUAUUGUUACGUUAAUUUUUUUAUUUCAAAUGAUAUUAAACUUUCUAUACCGGUAAUUGUUAUUUUCAUGUCUUGACCGAUUAUAAGUAAAUGUUAGUAGAAGGAUAUAUAAAAAAAACUUUGAAACCAGAAACUUGAAAAUGAUGUUGAGAAAUAGAUUGUAGGCCUGAUAAUUACCUGAUUAAAAAAAAAAUCUUUUUUUUUUCUUCCCGAUUUUUCCCCUAUUUUUUCCCCAAUUUUCUUACUCAAGGGGAGGUGGUUGAGAAAAGAAAAGAAAAAACUCAAUAUCACCCAUGACAUUGUUUUUUAAUACGUAUAUUCUUUAAUGGCUUACAAUACUUUGAUUUCAGCAAAUUUUUUGCUGAUGUUUUUUAAAAACAGGCAUCAUGAUUAUGAAGGAAAUUAAGUUUGUGUACAUUUUUUAUCUAUCUUGACCGUUGAUUGGACCCAUUAGGAGAAUGGUGUUGGUGCAGAAUGGCAUGAGCACAAAACAAUUGAUGAGUGCUUGAUGAUACCACCAAGCUUCUCCCUGAAGACAGACCCGCAUGGUUGGUAUUCAUAAUAAGAUCCAUAGGUACAUUUGUGGAGCAUGAAUAUUGAGCAUGAAAAUUAACUCCCCUUUCUUAUUAUUCUUCUAAGAGAAAAGUCUUAGCAAAAAUGUGUAAUCUAAAAAAAAACAUUACGGGCUGAAAAUAUUGCUCUAAAAGUUAGUGAAUAUUCUUAAAAGUUUAUCUAAUAAAAAGUGUUAAAUAGCUCGUUGUAUUCUAGUACAAUGGAGAUAUCUCAGAUAAGAAAAAGUUUUACCCUAUAUUUCAGCAUACUACUGAGGAUGGUUAAAUAUCUUGCUGGGCUGUGCACUAUCAGUUGGCCUAUAUCCACAAAAGCUACGCAUGCUUGUAUACCAAAGAUCUAACAUUUACUGAUAUGCAUGGAUGCCAUAGCACUGCUUAUAAAUUAUGAAUUAACUUUUGCUAAGAAGUUAUUUCUUGGUCCUUAGAAUUAAGAUUUGGUGACAGAGAAUGAUGCAUCAUCGGCAUACUGUUAGAUGAGACAAAACUUGUUUAUGAGUGUGAUGUUGAAUCUAGUUGUUUUAUUAUGUCUAGAACAGUUGUAGGUCUGAUGUUAACUUCAUGGUCCAUGGAGAAGAGGAAGGUAAAUGAUGAGAAUGUGUGACCAAAGAAGCUGUACAAAACUGUAAAGCCUGAAGAAAGUUUGUCCACAGAGUCACCAUGCAGUAUUCAAGGAUGACUCAACGGCACCUAAAAACCAUGUGUGUGUUUCCACGGCUGAAGGGUCAAUUACAUAUAGGUACACAUUUAUGUUCUCGUACUGUUUCCAUAAUACAAAUACUUUGAUGAGGCUGUCUUUUCAUGAUUAGGGGACAUGAAAACUAGUAAAGAACUGAUUGGAGUCAUACUCAGGAAUAUCUACUGUAAUAUGCAUUAUGUGAAUGAUUCUGAAGGUAUUUAGUAUUCUGUGUCCGAUAUGUUAUGAAGUAUUAUGACAUAAUGAGCUCUAAAAUUUCCUAUAUGUGGUUGGAUACAAGCUCUCUGAUGACUAUCAAAUCAAUACAUUCACCAUGCAUACACUGAAAAUCAUUGAUGUAGUUUGUAUCUGACAAACCUUGGAGUUGCCUUUUUCCUUUUUAUGAAUAAAAUAUGAGUUACAUGUAAUUAACACUUCAUUGUUACUGCAGUACAUCCUACUGAGGUAAAUACAUGUAAGCAAAAUAUCCUUCAUUUACAUUUUGUUCUAAAUGAUUCAUUGCUGAAAAUGCUAAUAUUACAUCGGAAUAUUAGUUUAAUAUUCUUUUCAUUUAAAUGAUAACAAUUAUGGUAUAUUUUAGUAUAUAUCAGACCAGUGAAAAAUAUUUUGUGGUUAAUAUAGGCACUAUCUUUUGAGCGUUGAUUUUUUAAUUUUAAUUACCUGUAUUUUUUAUUAUUAUUAUUAUUUUUUUUUUUUUGGGGGGGGGGGGGAUAUGUGAUAAUAGAAGUAUGAUUGGAUAAAUGACAAUAUUCAGUUUUAGAGCAUUAUUGCUGCUUGCUGUAUUUGUAAAUUCAUUAAAAGAUUUAAACUUCAACUUAUAUGUUACAAAGUGUAGUUCAGAGCCACGUCUUAUAAACAGUUGCAAUUAAUUGCAACUUAUUUGUGAUUGAUAUCAAUUGAAACAAUGCACAUAAGAGAUAGGUGACUGCAAAUUUGCGAUAGAUUAAAAUUUAUUGCAAUUGUUUAUAAGACCGGGCCCUGGUUGUGGUUAAGAGUCGUAUGGUCAUACCACUCUUGUUUAUCACAAAUGAUAUAUCAACGGGUAAAUAAGGAUGUUAGGUUCCUGUACAUAUACAAUUGAUGUAGUAUUACACGACAGCAGAAGUAAAGUUUAUAUUUAUUAUGUGAUAGAUUCAUAGUUUUGUCAAGCAAGUUGUACAUAAUUAUAUAUGUGAUAAACAUUGAAUAGAAACCAUCAGUUUGAAUGUAUUUGUGGAAAUAUGUAUAUUUUUAGAUGUGUAUAAAGUGACAACAUAUACCCGUCAAAGAAAUAUUUGCACCCAACGUUCAGUGCCAUGUGCCUUCCCUGUAUUUCAUAUUGAUAAUAUGAGUCUUGGAAUCAACCCCACCAAGGCAAGCAGUGCUGCUGCCUUUCCUGGCCUUUAUUAGCAACAAUUUUAUACAAGGACCCAUUUUGACAUUAGCUUCUCUGCUUUUGAUAUGUAAUGCAGGGUUUAGCGGAUUAUGGUUAAAAUUAUAUUGGCGGUUACAAGGUUUUUGUUAAGACUUUGCUUAUGUUCCGUCAUGUUAUAAUAUCUAAUAUUGUCUGCUUAGAGCAUUAAAUCUGUGGAAAAGUAGCAAUUUUCCAUCUGGCUCUCAGUAUAUGAUACCUAUAUACUGUUUAUUGAGGAUGUGUAAGCCAGAGAUUGGUUUGUCAGACUUUGCAAAGGGUAGCUUUUUCACAGACAACAGAUAAUUCAUAAAAAGUGUACCGGUAUUCAUAAGUAUGAGACAAUGUUGGCCUAAAUCUUGGAAGUUUUGGCCACCCCAUAUUGGUGUUGAAACCUUAUAGCAAGGUCUGUGAAAAUGAAGGACAAGAACAAGCUACUCCAGCUUUCAAGAUAAAACAAAAACAAAGUAUGUUCAUAUAUUUACAAUUCACAGAAGGUAAAUAUAGCCUUUUUAGGGGAAAUUUAGUAUUUGUUGGAACAUGUAGUCGAUUUCAGAUUUUGUGAAACCUUUCUCUGUACCAGUCACCUGCAAACCUUUUGCUCUGUAUGUCAAGAGUCCAUGUUGCUAUACUAUACUCCAGAUAGGAGCAUCAAAUAUGACUUCUAUAAUGUGAUAUUGCAAGUUACUUUAAGUACACUAGUCAACUAACCUGUACAAGCUCGCCUAGAAUGGGCUGCAUGGAACCCAAAUCUGACUGGGGUUAUUGCAUCCAAUUAAGCCGGCUGUUACACAUUGUUGCAUGUGUGAUGGUGGUAUAAUAAUGCAGAGAUAACCCUGUCUGGCUUCUUGCUCUUGUAUCUACAAAUGUAGCUUCAUACCAUAGCAGAGGUACAAUACAAAAAUUAUUUAAAAAAAAAAAGUCUGACUGGGGUUCCGUUUUAUGUUAUCCUUUUAAUAUUUUCUUGUGGUUGCUUUUAUACAUUCUAAGGCUGCACAAAUAAUUUUUUCUAGGUGAUUGGUACAUUUUAAAACCAGACAUUCCUGUCCCUGGACAGCUGAUUUAAUAACACAGUCAUACUUCUGAAUACUGACUAUACAGUCUCCUUCUUUCGACUGCUGCUUAAAUGUGUGCUAAUCGAUAAUAAAUGAACUAAGGAUGCAAAUUGUGCAAAAUGUGUAGGAGUUUCACACCACACUAUGUGAGAAUAUUUAUUGGAAGUAGAUUGUUUUUGUCAACUCUGUAUUUUGAAGUGGAAUAAAGUAUAUGUAGAAUAU